AGUGAGACUUUAUUUCAUAUUUCAUUCAUUUCAUCUGUGUGUCGAUUUUUGGUUUGGUGGAAGGAUUGUCGAAAUUGAUAAGUUUGUUUUGCCUCAAAAAUAUGGUCUUAUUUUCAUAAAUCUUAAAUUGGACAAGAGAUAAGAAAAUUGUAAUUCAAAAGUGAAAUUUAAAAGAUUGCAGUUUGUAAGAGUAAUCUUAAUAAUUCCGGAGAAACAAGUCGUAAAAAUGAAAAGUGCCUCUUUAAGAGCAUUGUUUCAUGCAAUUUUACUGGUCUCCGAUUAGAACCGUAAAACUUUUGUCGAGGCAUAGUUACAUGUACGCAGCGGGAAUGACAAUAAUGGCAGUUUCUGUUGGGGAAAUUUGCGAGAACACCAAGCUUGCUCGAGAGAUGGCCCUAAUGGGAAACUACGAUUCCGCGUUAGUGUACUACGAAGGCACUGUCCAGAUGAUCCAUAGGCUCCUCAUCACCAUCGCAGAUCCCACUCGAAAGUCCAAGUGGCAAUUGGUACAACAGCAAAUGGCGCGCGAGUACGAGCAGCUGAAGGCGACCGUGUCAACACUGCAACGAUUCCAACGCGAGGGAGAAAGGGUCGUCACUGGUGCCAAUAUGGAGGAUUUCCCGACUCGCGACCAAAAAUGGCCGCCGGCCCGCCACGAAGUGGACCCCGAUGUAUGGCCGCCACCGCCAGACAGGGACACCUGGCCCGCACCUACCAUCGUUGAACACAAAGGGCCAACAAUGAUAAAGUCAGCGCGUCUAAAGCAGCAGACGCAGCCGGGGAAAAACGCGAGAGUGGAGAAAAAGCAGCCCCUCAACACUCGAAACCCCACCACCUCGCAACGCAAAACCGCCGAUACGCGGAAUCCCAAAACCGCGCCGAAAGGUCAUAGUGCUAAGUUCAAGGACGGAACAAGCAAAGAUCACGGGGGCAAGGAGAAGCAGGACCGCGACAACAACAAUGGUGACACGGACGACGAGAAGCACAAAGAGGAGGAACGGCGAUUCGAGCCGUCUGCGGCCGUCGACAGUGACCUUGUCGAUAUGCUUGAGAGAGAUAUAGUACAAAAGAAUCCCAAUAUCAGAUGGGACGACAUCGCUGACCUGGUCCAAGCUAAGCGUUUGUUAGAAGAAGCCGUCGUAUUGCCUUUGUGGAUGCCAGAUUACUUUAAAGGUAUCCGACGACCUUGGAAAGGAGUUCUAAUGGUGGGUCCCCCGGGGACGGGCAAAACGAUGUUGGCGAAAGCGGUGGCCACCGAAUGCGGGACCACUUUCUUCAACGUUUCCUCAUCCACACUCACCAGCAAGUACCGAGGCGAAUCCGAAAAGCUGGUUCGGUUGUUAUUUGAAAUGGCUCGUUUCUACGCACCGAGCACCAUCUUCAUCGACGAGAUAGACUCGUUGUGCUCGCGCAGAGGGUCGGAUAGCGAGCACGAAGCUUCGCGUCGCGUAAAAUCGGAGCUGCUCGUGCAAAUGGACGGCCUUGGCUCCUCUGAGGAACCCUCCAAGGUGGUAAUGGUGUUAGCAGCGACGAAUUUUCCUUGGGACAUAGACGAAGCGCUACGGCGGCGACUUGAAAAGCGCAUAUACAUUCCAUUGCCCACGCAAGAGGGCCGCCAGGCGUUGCUGAACCUCAAUCUGAGAGAAGUCAAGGUCGACCCAGAGGUAGAUCUUACCGCUAUUGCCAUGAAACUGGACGGUUACUCCGGCGCUGAUAUUACUAACGUUUGCCGGGACGCUUCAAUGAUGUCGAUGCGACGCAAGAUCGCCGGAUUAAAACCCGAGCAGAUCAAACAACUCGCUAAAGAGGAACUAGAUCUCCCUGUGACCAUGCAAGAUUUCAUGGAGGCCCUGUCCAAAUGCAACAAGUCCGUCUCCAAGGGCGACAUACAAAAAUACCUCAACUGGAUGGCCGAGUUCGGCUCGUCUUGAUAGACAGACAAACGAACUUAACCUAUAGGCCCGAGUUAAUUAAUUGCCCGACACUUCCCGGUCUAUGUCAGAAAACGUGACGGCUGAACACAAAACAGCAAUAGAUUAAGUAUAAAACGUAUUCCGUGUUUUACACAAAAAUUCACAAUUCUAAUUAUGAAAAACUGAUAGUUAGGACCUAACACUACUAAAGCUAUUUUAUAAAAGACAACAUUAUUAUCAUACAUUUGCUAUAGAAUAUAUUGUUCAUAAUAAGGUCUGACAAAUAGUUUUUAAUAGUUGAAACUUAAAAAUGCCUUACGUUAGUUUAAGUUGGUCAGAGCAACAAUUGGAAUGUUCCAGUACAUGAUAACAUAUCGAAAACAUACAUAUUUUAAGAAACAUUAAAUCAGUUUGACUUAUUGACAGCCGCAAAAUCUUAACACAGAAAUAUGUAUAAAAACUAUCAUUCUUUAGGUUUAAUUUUGUGAUGUGUGAGACAGUUCGUAUACUAUUAUCGUGUAUAUAAUUAAGAAAGUUAAUACAGCCAUCGUUUUAUGUAAAUAGGCUUUUAAAGAUCACACAAAAAAAUAACGUAUUUCUGUAAACCAUACAGUUCGCCCACCAUGUUUAGAAUAUUCUCUGCUACCCAUUGUAAUGCAUUUAAAUGUAGGUAUUUGUUUGAAUUUGUCAGCUCCAAGGAGUGACUAUUUUAAAUAAUAUCUCUCAGUAUUUGUUAAUAUUUUUUGUUUAGGUAUAUUUAUAAACACGCAAAUUGUACUUAAAUUAGGUUAAUUGCGAUUUGUAGUUUAUUUAUAAUUUUAAUGCCAUAACUAAUUUAUAUGAACUUUUUUAUUUUUAUAACUCUAGUUAGUGUUGAACUCUUUGUGUCGUUGCUUUUCAAUAAUAGUAGCCUAAACCAAAAUGCUUUGUUUUUAUUACUAGAGGUUGUAGUGGGCAGGGUAUAUUUACCUAAACUUCAAGUAAUAGAGACACAUAGAGAUAAUACCUCCCUCUGAAACUCCGGAAUGAUUGAAAAUAAAAGGCAAAACAAAAAGUUAAUAUUUUAUCAUGCAAUUACAAUUAUUUCCUUCUGCUUCCAAAACAUUACUACCGAAAGAAAUAGUUAGUUUAAAAAAUAUAGAAUAAAAUACACAAUAACUCUGGCAAGUCAGAGGGAGGU